AUGAGGCGCUUCACGGGGCUGGGGCCGGGCCGCCGUGUGCUCGCCUUUCCUAAAGGAUGCCGCCAGGCCGGGAGCCGCGGGCGCCUCCUGGGAGACGGCGUGGCAGCCGCGGGCCCACUGCUGCCGCCAGCCGUCUCGGGGACAGAGGCCCCGGUCUCCUGCCUUGGGCGGCUCAGCGUCCCGACCGUCGGGGAGAAGGGCCGAGUCUGCCGGAGGAUGCCCGGGGCUCUGGGGCUCGCCCUGCUGGUGUGGGCCGGCGCUGCCGGGCUGAGCGGGGCAAGCGGCUUCACAGAGAACGGCCUGUCCUUGCUGAGCUACCAGCUGUGCGAGUACCCCGUGACCCGGCGGGUGCGGAAGGUGGAGGCGGUGCGGACGUCCCGCGUGGUCCACGCGUCCUGCGGCGGCUGGAUCCCCUGGAGGCGCUGCCCCAAGACCGUGUACCAGACGCGGUACCUGGCCGUGGAGGUCCCCGAGGCCCAGAACGUGACCGACUGCUGCGAGGGCCACGAGCAGCUCGGCCUCUACUGCGUCCUGCCCCUGAACCGGUCCAGCGAGUUCGCGUCUAGACCUGGGGUCUGCCCGGCCGCGGAGCCGGCGCCGGAGCCGCCCUCCUCUCCGUGCGGCUGGGACACGGACUGCCCUGGACUUUGGAAAUGCUGCCCCUGGUCAGGGGGCCACCGCUGCACAGCCCCCGCGACCCCAGGUGCCGCCGCCGAGAGGAGCCUGGCCAACUGGUACAACGUCACCGUGCUGGUGAAGAUGGACUUCCAGGACCUCCAGCAAGUGGACCCCGGGCUCCGGAACCACACACGCCUCCUCUACUCCUUAGUGGCCAGCGCCUUGCAGCCGCUGCAGCCCGCCGUCCACUAUCUGCGCUCAGCCGGCGGGGACGCGUUCACCACGGCGUCGUGGCUGCUGCUGGGCCUGCCUCGGCCCCGGCCCCCGGCCGACGUUUCCGCCCUGCUGGACGACAUGGUGAAGCGCGUCUAUGAAGUGGUCAGCGUCCGGGUGCAAGAUGUGGACGAGUGUCUGCACGCCGAGCUCCGCACCUGCUCCGAAGCCGAGCUGUGUCGGAACGUGGAGGGCUCCCACCUGUGUGUCCGCGCCCGGGAGCCCCCGAACGCGCCCCCCCAGAGGCCGAACCACACGGACACAGGUGACGCGGGGGGCGCGACGUGGGCGGGCGUUUCUGGAGUGGGGAGCCCCCCUCUCCGCGUGCCCGGCGGUGUGCUGUGGGUGGGGACUUCUACAGCGUCUUCAGACGCGGAGAGGCGUGGGCGACGGAGCGAUCGACGGGUGCGGGACGCUCCGGGGGGUUGCCAGCUGCCCCUUGAUGGACGCAGCACUCUGCUUCUCCCCGAGGACUUGGGAGUUCACUUCUGGGGCUCUCAGCCCCGUCCCCUUCGGGAGUCCCGCUGCCAUGCCCCCGCGGGCCCCAUGGGCCCCAUGGCGGCCGGCCUUGGCUGCCUCGCCCCCGCCCUGGCUAACGCGCCCCCGCCCGGGCUGGUAAUUUUACUUGGCAGCACUCAGAAUCUCGGCUCCCAGCAGCCCCGACGUUUCCACCCCUGCGAGGCUCAGGUAUCGAGCUGUCAGGCGCGAGGAGAGAGUCGCAUCGCCGGCACCCGCCCUAGCCCAGCCGGAGACGGGCCAGGGCUGCUGGGGAGGGUGGGGAGCCCAGACCACCGGCCUGGAGACACCCGCCGGCUUCUCCGUGACGACUGCGGAGUCCUGGCCGCUCUUCCGCGCCGUCACGGCUCUUCCAUCUUGGCAGCUGCCGGGGACGCCAUGAACGCCACAGGAAGUGGGCUGUCGACCACGACAGGAGUCACCGUCCCAGCUCUAGACGACGGGACGACCGUGCUCAGCCCGGAGAGCUCCACCUCGCCACCCAGCCCCGGGCCCCCCCAGGGCACCCCAGCCACAGGCCAGGCCCAGACACGAGGGCCCCCAUCCAAGCGGGGUGCUGACGACGUGGACAGUCACGACAGGAACAGCACGCGACUAGGCGUGGGAGAGGAGGGGCCCAGCGUGGCUCCAAGCGACGGGAGCACCAGAGGGGCGGGGAGCACCACCCCCCCUCCCGGGGCUCCAGCGUCACCCCGAGGCCUCUUCCCCCACGAGACCACGCCUGGCGCUCCGGAUACCCCUGCGCAGGUCCCCGGAAAUGCCACCACCGAGCCGCCCUCCUGGCCCGCCACCAACGCCACCCCGGGCCAUAUUGUGUGGCACAUCCGGCUCCCCAGCCUGCAGACCGAGAAGCCCACGCCUUCCCCCACGCCCGGCCUGCCCUCGGCCCCCCGCCCUGCGCCCGGGCAGCCCCCCGCGUGUGGCCCCCCGGGCGCCAUCGGAAGGGUCGUGGUUUCCGACGUGACCAGCACCGGCUUCCGUCUGCGGUGGGAGGCAGAGCCGGGCCCGCUCCCCGACUUCCACCUCACCGUGGGUGCUGCCCACGGCCCCGCGGUGCGCGUGGAGACGCGGAACACCAGCGCCGUGCUGUCGGGGCUGCGGCCUGGGGUCCUGCACCUGGUCCAGAUCACAGCCAGAGCCUGCGGGAAAGAAGGUGCCAGAACAGACCUGAAAGUGAGGACAGUGGCCCAGAAACUCCAGGGCAAAGUCAAAAUCGCGAACGUCCGGUACUCAGAGGCCUUCCAGAACACCAGCAGCCAGGAGUACCGGGACUUCCUGCGGCUCUUCCUCAGCGCGGUGCGGGAGCCCUUGCCGGUGGCGCUGGGCCAGCACAUGGACACAGGCGGGAUUAGGCUGCACGUCACCGGCAUCACUAACGGCAGCGUGGUGGUGGACUUCACGCUACUGGUGAUCGCGGACGUGGACCUCCGGGAGGUGUCCGCCGCCUUCCUGGCCGCCCUUCACAACGCGUCUCAGCUGGAGGUGGUGAGGGACCACACCUUCAUACAGGAUUUCGACGAGUGUGCCAGCGGGGAGGACGACUGCGUGCCGGGGACGGCCUGCCGCAACACCCUCGGGUCGUUCACGUGCAGCUGCGAGGGGGGCGCCUCUAGCUUCCUGGUGGAAUAUUCUGGAAGACCCUGUGAAGGUGCCUCUCCUGGCAGUGCCCCCCAGGGCCCGGGCCCCGCGCAGCCGCCCACCCCGGCCGGUCCCGGCGCUGCCCCCCGGGGCCCGCUCCCGCGGCUGACGCUGACCGACGCCGUGGACGUGCGCUGUGAGGUGGAGAAGGUGGCCAUUGCCAUCCACAAGCGCUUCCUGCAGCAGGAGUCCAUCCCCGAGUCCGCCCUCUACCUGGGGCAGCCCUCCUGCAACGCCAGCGACAGCAACGGCACCCACGUGUUCCUGGUGGCCGGCUGGGGCGAGUGCGGGACCCUGGUGCAGAGCAACAUGACAAGCACCGUGGUGAGGACCACGCUGAGGAGCGACCUGUCCCCGGAGGGCGUCAUCCACCACCCCAAGAUCCUGAGCCCCAUCCGCUGCGCCUUCCGGAACGACCUGCUGGCGUCCUCGGGCUACGCCCCGCAGUGGGGGGUGUACACCAUCGUUGAAGACCUCCACGGCGCUGGGAAUUUUAUCACCGAGAUGCAGGUGUUCGUCGGAGACUCCCCCGUACCUCAGAACUACAGCGUAUCCGCCAGCGAUGACGUCAAGAUCGAAGUGGGGCUCUACAGGCAGAAGAGCAACCUCAGGGUGGUCCUGGUGGAGUGCUGGGCCACCCCGUCCAGCGACGCCCGGGACCCCGUCACCUUCGGCUUCAUCAACAACAGCUGCCCCGUUCCCAACACCUACACCAGCGUGAUCCAGAACGGAGACUCCAGCAAGGCCCAGUUCAAGCUGCGGAUCUUCUCCUUCAUCAACAACUCCAUCGUCUACCUGCACUGCAAGCUCCGCGUCUGCCUGGAGAACCCGGGAGCCUCGUGCAAGAUCAGCUGCAGCGACUUCCGGCUGGCCAGCCCCGGCGAAGCCUCUGCGCUGCACCAGAUGUCCUGGGGGCCCCUCCUCCGCUCCGAAGGUGAGCCCCGCCCGCCCGCAGUGGGGGGGGGGGCUGGGGUGCCAAGGGAAAGCUCCGUGCAGUGCCAGCACUGUAAACUGGAGAGCGCCGGAGAGCUGUCUGACCCUGGGAAGCACGCGGGCGGGCGGAGAGGAGCGGGAGGAGCUCACGCCGCGCAGGCGGCGCGGGGCUCUGUGGGUGCACACGCGUGCUCCCCGUCCCCCUGUGGGGAGCCGGGCCCGGGCGCCGGCCUCAUCCUCCCCGCGGCGCUGGCCGUCCUGGCGGUGCUGGGGGCCGCGGCGGCCUUGCUGCUCCUGCGCUACCAGAGGUCGACGGGCAGCUACCGCCUCCCGGCCCCGGCGGGCGGCUCCGGCUACCGCGUCUUCUACGACUAG